CAAUAACGGAAAAGAUAGUGCUUUCGUUCUAUAGUCUACUUGAUUAUGUGAUUGGCAGAUAAAGGACACCCUUUUUCAGCAAUCCGAAGUGGUGCAUAAGGCAAUGCCUUCCCAUAUUUAAAUGUGCUCGACUGGGAUCAUACUAAAAAAUGUCGGUUUGGAGCUGGAAGAGGAGUGGAUGGUUGACUGGUGUCUUCAUGUUAUUCUUGGCAACAGCUACCCUGCUAAGCAUAAGUUCAGUAGGCUUUAGGUCAAGAUUUAAAGCAAUCACAUCUUACCUUAGUUUUGAUGGAGGAUAUUAUCCAGAAAUGGGAUUUUUUAAUACAUUUCUCUAUCUCUCCAUUUUAACAGGUCCAAUGUGCGUUGCACUGCGCUAUGUGUUUGUUGAAGACCAGAAUACACGGACAUCCAGUGUCACAAAUCUGUUGAAUGUAAUUGCUUUUUUUUCAGGAAUUUUAUCCUUUAUUGGUCUUCUCAUCAUUGCAUCUUUUCCCUCUAUUUCCAAGCUAAAAGACGGUCUGUUUCAAGCUGUCGGAGCUUUCAUGUUUUUCGGAAUGGGAGUAAUAUUUGCUGCUAUUCAGACGACAAUCACAUACUUACAAUCGAAAUUUUGUCUUAUAUUCCUCAUACGUGCCACAAUUACAAUAGCUUUGACAGCUUCCUGCAUUAGUUUUAUAACUCUUCAUGAGAUGUAUACAGCCGGCUCAUUUGCAUUCGAAAAAAAUGAAAGCGUUUCAAAUACAACCGUACAAAUAGGAGAGAGUGUGAAUUAUGAAAGUCCAGUGCCGUACAUUGUAUUUGGUUUGGAGAGAAUCUUCGUUCUGUUUUAUUCGCUGGUCUUCCUUAGUUUCUUCCCGGAUUUCCAAAAGAUAUCCACUUACGUUAUCAUCAGACCUUUGAUUAUGUCACACACGAGUGACGAUAGCAGCAGGAUGACAAUAAACGAAAGAGUGUAAGAGUGAUAUAAAUAAAAUUAGUUUUGACAUCGUACAUAAAACUUGAAUUAUUUGCUCUAUGAAAAAAAAUCCUAUACCAAGUUCUACUUGAAGCUCUAUUUAAUACAUGCGUUAUAGUUGCUUCAGAUCUUGUCUUUUUCAUGUGUACGUAAUCAGUAUUAAAAAUGUGUUUGAGAAAUAGAUGUUUCUCAGUCAACUGAAAAUACCCAAUAUUUCAAUAAAAUAUUGGGAAUUUUUCGGUUCAUAAUGAAAAUCUGCUUUUUAUUUCAUAGUUAUAUUUGAUUACAAAUACAAAAAUUUUGGUCUGCUUGGCGAAAAUACCUUUCAUUUUCUCCAGUUUUUAUACCAGAGAUAAUAGAAUAUCAUAGCAUAAAAGAAGAAAACGAAGACUGUAUUAUUCGAAAGUAUGACUUCUUUUUAAGGCGCUACUGCAUGGAAAAUAAUGCUCAUAAAUUUAAAAAAGUGCGUCGAGUAAAGUAACUUAUUAGAAUUUAGUAUUUAAAAUUAAUUCACUAACAUAUACAAUCUUUUAUUGGAACGUGGAAUUUCUGAUCCAUAGACAUCCUUAUGCCAAGCUGCCUAUGACAUGGCUGGAUGUAUGUGCAAAAUAGCAUCUUGAAUUUAAUUCUGAAUAGCUUGAAUAUUUACAGCACAAGGCAUUACCUUUCAUAAAGUCCCAGAAGAAAAGUCGAUCGAAAUAAUAUCAGAUCACUAUGGAAGCCAGGAAAUUGGGUUACUACGUUUAAUCCAAUUACCAAGGAUGCUAUCACUUAGAUCUUUUCUUAUGACUGUUAGGUUGCGUGAAAUUCACAUCUCAAUCCCUGCUUGUUAAAAUAAGACUAAUGUUCAGCAAACCAAAGAACACCAUACAGUUUCUACUGAGGCGACGCCAUUUUAUAUUUCACAAGACUGCUGCUGUGCAUAUCGGAAGACAUUUCAUGAUGACCUGCUGAAAUAAUAAAAUACUAAAAGUU